CUCCCAACUGCGAUGACCAAUUGAGCUCAAAUUUUCACAGGUUUGUUAUUUUAUGCAUAUGCUGAGAUACACAAAAAUAGAUUUGUUGAAUGCGAGAUUUGUUGUACACACUAAAUGGGUUCGUAUGAACCACAAAUAUGAAUGUUUGUAAUUAAUUGAUUUUCAAUUAAUUAUGUUAUAGUAAAACAUAAUAAAGGAAACUUCUAUAAAGUUGAUCUUGCUUUCUCUUCAAUCUAGAUAAGCAUGAGUGACAUGUCUUAUGCCAAGUAAGGCCACACAGGCGAUGGUAUUGGGGUGGGGUGUGUUGAAAACAACUUACAUCAUAUGCAAUAGUUAAAGCCUGUUGCAUAUACAAAAACCAGACAGUCCACUAAUCAGAGGGUUAGAUCUUCUGUUUUUGACACAGCGUUUAAAUCACUCAUGAUUUAGUUUUAUUUAUAGAAAUCUAAAGUUAGUAAGUUAAAGUUCACACAAUUUUGUUACCCUGCCGAUUGCAACACACAAGUUAUGUAUCAGGACUUGACUUUGAAUGUGUACACUGUAACCUCUUGUGAUAAAAUCUCAAAGUUCGGUAUCUGAAAUUGAGUUUAAUUCUUUGGCAUACUUAGACUUUGUUGUACCCAGGUCAUUUGGGCAGUUAGAGUAUCUGAAAACACUUGUGUAUGGAUCGAGUCUGAUUGAAAAGAGUCUAUCUUGGUGCAGUGUAUUUAUGCCCUUAAUGGGAGUAGACGCUGAUCUACAUAUUUUGAUGUGAUCAUCCUGCAAGAUUUGGAGCUCGACUAGGAAUAUUGGAUCCGGCAAAACUUCACCCAAUCUACCAUGGAUCCAAUGUGGGAGUGGUUUUGUGGGGAGAAUUCCUCCUUUCUAACAGGAUCACCUGAUUCCUUUGAUAAGGGUAUUAAUAAUACCUGUUUUAUUAAUGGCUUGACAGUGCUUCCACAUGCAGCCUUUGCAACCCUUGCUUCAAUCAUCCUCUUUGCUGUAGGGGUAUGCUCCGGCUACCGAGGUUACAACACCAGGUAUGUCAUCCGUUUCCCUGGUCAUCUCUUUCGAUGGAUCAUCACGAUGCUCUUCAUGAUCGUUCUCAUUGCGGCUAUAGGAGAGGGUAUCCUUUCAGACACUACAUACCGGGACCUGGAUCUCGGCACCCAGCCGUACCUCUAUAUGGGUUCCAUCGCCGCCUUACUAGGUACUAUGCUAUCACUUGUCUUCUAUCAUCACAUGGAGGUGUGGGAUUUAUCUGGGAUGGACUUCCUGUUGUUGACCUACUGGGUGAUGGGUUGUCUCGCUGAGUCUCUGCGAGUGAUCAACCUCUAUGAGCUAGGACUAGCUGAGUUCACUGUGGUGCGGUUUUCAAUAUCUUGCAUCUCUAUUCUAAUCUACCUACUACUGAUUGUCAUUGAUCUCAACGUCAUCAGAGUCAAGGUGUUGCAUUUAUGUCAGAGUAGCACGGAGUCCUUCCCUAAUGACUUAUUGAAUCCAGAGAUGGAGUAUAUGUAUUACUACGUCAACUUCUUAUCACAGCAGUCAUAUUACUGGAUCAGUUGGCUCAUGACUCUAGGCUAUAAACGCCCCCUGGAAAUGGAAGAUCUUGGUGCCUUACCAGCGCGCCAUGAGACUAAAUACAACCACACCAAGUUCAAACGAGUGUUAAAACAAGAACUGGACAAAUGUGCUCGUCAUCCUGGCACCAGACCUUCUCUGUGGACAGUUUACUUGAAGGUGUAUGGAUUGAAGUUAGUCUCAGCUGGGUGUCUCAAAGUUGCUGCUGAUUUCUGCGAGCUAGUCGGCCCUCUAGUCAUUGGUGGUUUAACAGCUUACGUCUCGACCCUGUCUUAUCCUGUAGAUAUUGAACCGGUUCCACCGCAUCACGUGACUUUUUCUGAGUUUUUUGGGAACGGUUUCGUCUUGGUGGGAACUCUAUUUUUUGCGUUCUGCAUUAAGACAGUUCUUAUUCAGGGCCACUUUCACCUUGCGAUUCUCCAGAGCAUGAAUGUUCGAGCAGCUCUUCAGGCUGUGGUGUUUGAAAAAUCACUGCGCAUGUCUACUUUCGCUACGACAGGUGGAAUGAUGACAAUUGGCCAGAUCACCAAUCACAUGUCUACAGAUUCUAUGAAUGUUCUAGGCAUGUUUCAAACAAUCAACUACAUGUGGUCCAUCCCCAUACAGCUUGUCUUUACUCUGAUCUUGCUGUAUGUCCAGAUGGGUAUCUCAGCAUUGAUUGGAGCUAGUCUGUUUCUACUGGUGUUUCCGAUACAGUUUAAGAUCGCAACAAUGAUCAGUAAAGGUCAGAAGGAAAUGUUGUCUAACUCUGAUGAGCGGAUGAAACAAGUGAACGAGCUCCUACAGGGAAUCAAACUAUUGAAACUUUAUGGUUGGGAAGAUAUUUACUGUAAAGGAGUGGAACUCAUCAGAGGCAAGCAGCUUCGAUCACUCCUGACUGUUAGCGGUGGGCUGGUCUUCACAAUAUUCUUUACGGCCGGCACACCAGUUCUCGUCACAUUAUUGGCCUUUGGUAUCUACACACCUAUCAGUGGAGAGACACUUACUCCGGCCGUCACCUUCCCUUCCUUAUCUCUCUUCAAUCAACUCGCUAUGCCCCUCUUCCUUCUACCCUUCUCACUAUUCCUCCUCGUUAACGCAGUCGUCAGCUCAAGGAGGCUUGGUGAUUUCUUCAUGGCUCCAGAGGUUGAGGGUAUCGGUAAGGAAGAGGACACUGAUGAUGCUGAGGAAUGUGAAGAGAUUGGUGAAUCGAAGAAACCACCAAUGGAUGCACAACGAUACGGCAACUACCACCGGACCAGCAGCGCUGACGAGGCUGAAGAAGAGGAUGAAAAGACAGGUCUGUUAAUCGGCUCCAAGAAGGCUCACAAAACGGACUAUGGUGCCAGUGCUGUAAGGAAAUUGAUGGGCCUAGAAAAAGCUGAGCCACUUGAUCCUAAUAUCGCUAUCAAGAUCUCCAGAGGAAACUUCCUAUGGGACCCACAAGGAGCCCAGCCAUGUCUGACGGAUAUCAAUGUGGAAAUACCAAAAGGGAAGUUGACGGUGGUCGUUGGUUCAGUUGGAAGUGGGAAAUCCUCCUUGUUGGCCUCGAUGCUUGGUGAAAUGACAACAGUCUCUGGUCAUGUUGAGAUGGGUGAGGAUGAAUCUGUGGCUUAUGCUGGUCAGAAAGCUUGGCUGCUCAAUGCAACACUUCGAGACAAUAUCUUAUUCUCAGAACCAUACAAUGCACAAAGGUAUAAACGAGUGAUAGAUGCUUGUGCCUUGCGACCAGACAUGGAUAUCUUACCAGCCGGAGACCAGACUGAGAUUGGUGAGAAAGGAAUCAACCUAAGUGGUGGACAGAAGCAGCGUGUCAGUGUAGCAAGAACCAUGUACUCCAGCAAGAGCAUCAUUGUGUUGGAUGAUCCGUUAUCAGCCUUGGAUGUCCACGUUGGACGUACUCUUCUUGAGGAAGGAAUCGUAAAAUGGUUGAAUGGCAACAAGAAGACUGUGAUCCUUGUGACUCAUCAGCUGCAAUACCUCAACAGGGCAGAUCUCAUCUUGGUGAUGAAGGAUGGAAGGAUUUCAUCUCAGGGAGAUUUAGAUGACAUUAUAGCUGCUGAUCCAGACAUGUACAGCGAGUACGACCAGGCAGUUAAAGCAGUCAGUGAUGUAGAGUCUGAGAGUGAGUCUGGUACAGAGACUAUGUUUGAACGAGAAGAGCUACGUCGUAAAUCAGCGCAAUUCACCCGCAGACUGUCAGCACAGCUUAAUAAACCAUUGUCCAAGUUUGAAGGAAUCGGAGAGAAAGAAGUUGGUUCUCUCAUUGAGAAAGAAGAGAUGGAGAGAGGUUCUAUAUCUAUGGGUGUCUACACCUAUUACUUCCAGAAUGUUGGAUGGCUACUGUCUCUAGUUACACUCCUUAGCGUGCUGGUUUUAUCAGGAGUCAACAUUGGCAACAACUUCUGGCUCUCAGCGUGGUCUGAAGCUGGAUUGAACAAUGAGAGUAUGCGGACCAAUGAGAUGUAUAUUGGAGGUUAUGCUGGUAUAUCUGGAACUUCUCUGUUACUACGUCUUCUCUCCUCGGCUACCUUGAUAGCAGCUUCCUUAGUAGCAGCUAGGGCUAUACAUCAAAAGAUGCUCCGAAACAUCAUCAAGGCUCCUCUCAGGUUUUUUGACACUACCCCUGUUGGAAGGAUUCUGAACCGAUUCGCCACUGACACAAAUUUGAUCGACUCGAAACUGGCUCAGACAUUCAACACUACACUGACUAGCUUCAUGACAUGUAUUUCUGCAGUGAUUGUGAACACCAUCGUCAUGCCUUAUUUUAUCCUGUUCUUUAUCCCGAUUGCUAUUGCCUACGUAUUCCUCCAGAGGUACUUCCUUACAUCAUCAAGGGAGUUACAACGUCUUGACAAUACAAGCAAAUCUCCCAUAUUUGCUUAUUUCUCUGAGACCUUGGGAGGACUGACUACUAUUCGUGCUUACAAGUGUGAGAAGCGCUUUUUCAACACCAUCGUUGAGAGGAUCAAUAAGAAUCAAGUGGCCUACCUGUAUCUACAAACUGCUAAUCGAUGGCUGGGUGUGCGUCUGGAUUUAAUUGGAACCAUGAUUGUCUUUGUUGCCGGCAUGACUACACUGAUUGGUGCGAUGACAUUGGGACUUGAACCCAGUCUAGUUGGAUUAGCAAUCACUUAUUCACUACAGAUUGCAGGAUUUUUAAAUCUUCUGGUACGAGGCGUGGCUGAUACCGAGAUGCAAAUGAACUCAGUGGAGCGAGUCAAAUUCUAUUCCAAUGUAGAAAAUGAGGAAUACGAAGGUAGAGAACCGCCCCCCAACUGGCCUGAAGAUGGGCGGAUUCAGUUUGAGAGAGUUUCUGUGCGUUAUUCGACAGACUCUGAUCCAGUGUUACGCGCAGUAUCCGUGGAUCUCAAGGCAGGUGAAAAGAUUGGUAUUUGUGGUCGCACUGGAGCCGGGAAAUCUUCACUUACUCUUGCUUUGCUUCGAGUCAUUGACAUAUUCGGAGGUCGUAUACUCAUUGAUGGAAUUGAUAUCAAGUCAGUACCUCUAAGAACUCUGAGAACCAAGCUGUCAAUCAUCCCACAGGAUCCUGUACUGUUUACUGGAACUAUCAGAGGGAAUUUAGAUCCGUUGAAGGAGAAAUCUGACCAUGAGCUUUGGGAAUCUCUGGAGAUUGCACAGUUGAAGGACGUAGUAGCUGAGCUAGAGGGUGGACUGGAUGCUCUGGUGACUGAAGGUGGUGAGAAUUUCAGCGUUGGUCAGCGGCAGUUAUUCUGUUUGGCUCGUGCCUUCCUCAGGAAGUCUCGUAUCCUCAUUAUGGAUGAAGCCACUGCCUCAAUCGACCUAGAAACGGACAAACUGCUUCAAAAGGUAGUGGUGACUGCCUUUGCAAAAAGAACUGUUCUUACAAUCGCUCAUCGAAUUGCAACCAUCUUGAACUCUGACAGCAUCUUGGUUCUAAAUGAAGGUAAAGUAGCUGAGUAUGACUCCCCUGAGAACCUACUACAGCGAAAAGAUGGUCUCUUUGCUUCAUUGGUACAUGAUAAAGACAAGUAGAUACAGCAAGCCCAACAUUAUGUUCAGAUUCUCUGCAAUGACACAUCUUAUUAUAAUGUCAUGAAAGGGGACCUGACUAGUGUUUGCUGGAUUUAUCAUGGUUAACAUUUAGCUUAAAGGCUCGUAAUAAGAUAUGAGUUUAUUCAGCUUAUGUUAAGUAGUGAAAAUCAAACAUCGGAAACUGUAGUGCACCUCGAGCUCUCUAUGUACAUUACAAUGAAUAAAUUACUUUUUUUUAAACUGACAAGAAGGUUAAAAAAACAAUAAUAAGAAAGGUCUCGCUUUUAUGAGCCAGGAAGAUGUUAUUCAACUAUUGCACUGUAGGCAGCCAGGCAUGCAAGAUCCAUUUGACAUUCAAACAGGUUUUCAUUUGAUGCAUGACUUUCCAAAGCCACCCUUUGUCAAGCCAAGUAGAGGCCAGGCUGAUACAAAAUAAAUAAUUAAAAAUACUUUAUUUUCCCUCAACUUAUUUUAAAAGACAAUAAUAAACAGAUAGGCCUAUAUAGGGUAUACCAUCAUGUUAUAACUAACUUUUGAGAUAUUGCCAAUAAACAAUAAAUGUGGUUUGUUUUUCCAUUCAAUAAUUGUUGAAGUUAUAACAAAUAUGACUAGUUGAUAUUUUGUGAUUCUGCUGGUAAACAGCUUUUGAAUGAUGUGUCACUCAUUGGUUGUCCGUUUAUAAAAGAUACAGUCCUAAAUUACAUUUUCAGUGAUAAAAAUGGGAAGAAAUUAACAUGCAGUUAAUUUGAAAUAUGUUCUGACAAAAACAGUCUUGAUUUUACAAUAAAAAUGAAUCCGACUCUGGCAUUAUGCGAGCAAAAGGGAAAAGAUGAUUUAAUAGGCAGGCAAUUAUGUUUAAGUGAACUCCCGAUGUACUUAGCAAUGAAGGCCUCUUUGUCUGCUGGGAUGCCUUUGCCAUGGAUACGCUUACACCUUCAUUACUUUAGCUCUUUGAGACACAAACCGGAAAGUGUCGAUAUUGUCAUAGACAAGAAACACCAUAUCAGUUACAGUGUAUUCUGUAAUAAUAUUGCCAUUGCGUGUUGGUUGUGCAUAUAGCGACUGCCCCUAGACUACCCCUAGAUCAUUGUAAUAUAUUUAGUGGAAUCAUACCAUUAUAGAAUCGCAUAGGAAACUAGUGCAUCGGUAUACUCUAACACUUUAUUAUGUGUUGACCUACAACACUCGGUUAAAGGCAUUGUAUACAUUUAGUUUUUUGGAGCCUUUCGAUUAUUCAUCCUAUAAAUCUAGAUGUAGGCCUACACAAUAAAACUAACUUAAUAUACACUAUUCAUUUUAAAAGGUGGUCGCGUUCUAUUUUUAGAUAUUGCCGAAAGUGAAAAUCUGGAGUGAAUGUCCAUGCAGGAUGAAUAAUCCCCAAUAGGAAUUCACAAUCUGAAAAGCGUUACUGCAGUAGCGUUCUCAGAUUUGGGGCCAUAAAAAGCUUAUAUCUUGUGAGUAACCACAUUACUUCGAAGCAUGUUUCUCAAAGUGCUUUAUACUAUCGAAUACUGCGGUAGGCUUCUAACCAAUUUGUCAUUAAAUUAAAGAGUGGUUGUAAAUCAUAAACCUUCCCUUUCAAGAAAAUGACAUCGAAAAAUAAAGUUACUCUGAAAUAGCUUAGAUAUGCGUUUCAGAAGCAAGCAGUAGUGCAUGUAUGUUAAAAAGGUCGUGGGGGCAAAUCCCAUCCGAGUUGUAAUGCCUGUGAUUUCUUCCCCACAGUACU